AGUGACGUCACACCCCGGCAACCGUAGUUAGGGUAACUAGAAGGCGCAGCGCCGGGGUGGAGGCCGCCUCCGUCGCCUCAAGGUGCUGCGGGCCUUGUGCCUCCUCCCGCGGUCUCUCUGCGCGACCGGGCCGCCCCUUCCACCUCCGACCCCGGCGCUAAGGGGCGGCCGGGCCGGGCCGGGCCGGGCCGGGCCAGGCCAGGCCAGGGCAGGGCAGGGCAGGGCAGGCCAGGGCAGGCCAGGGCCCGCUCACCGCCCCGGGCCUCGCUGAGGCGCUUCCUCUGCCGCCCUCCCGCAGUCGCCGAGGUCUCCUGACGUCUCUCCUGCCUGUUCUGCAGAGUUGUUUUUUUUUUCCCAGGACACAAUCAUGAGUGAUCAAAUACAGUUCAUUGUUGAGAAGCUCAAUCAGGAGCCCUUCAGGAAGAACUACAAUUUAAUAACCUUUGACUCCUUAGAGGCAGUGCAGCUAUUGCAGCUGCUCAGUGAUGUUCUGGGGGAGAUUGACCCGAAGCAUGCUGUUGACAUUAGAGAGGAGCUCCCGGAACAAACAGCUAAAAGAAUGUUGAGUCUCCUUGGUAUCCUUAAAUACAAACCUCCAGGAAGUAUAUCCGACUUGAGUGCAUUUCGCCAAGGGUUAGUUACUGGAAGCAAACCUGUAAUUCAUCCUGUCUUAUAUUGGCUGCUUCAGAGGACCAAUGAACUCAAGAAAAGAGCGUACCUGGCACGUUUCUUAGUAAAACUGGAAGUGCCAGCAGAGUUUCUACAGGAUGAUACUGUGGCUGACAUCAACAAACAGUACGAAGAACUAAUGGAAGCAUUUAAAAACCUGCAUAAGGAGUGCGAGCAGCUCAAAACAUCUGGUUUAUCUACCGCAGAAAUAAGAAGGGACAUUAGUGCAAUGGAAGAGGAGAAAGAUCAACUCAUCAAAAGAGUAGAGCGUCUUAAGAAGAGGGUGGAGACAGUACAAAAUCAUCCACGAAUGCUUGAACUAGCAAGACAGCUUCGCUUAGAAAAAGAGAGAGAAGAAUCUUUGGCUCAACAGAAACAAGAACAAAAAAAUCAGUUAUUCCAUGCAGAGCAGAGACUGCAAAGAGCCCAGCUCCAGCUGAAAGAGAUGCAUCAUGCAGUAGCGGAUUCAAAACCUGAAAGUUUAAUGAAGAAACUAGAAGAGGAGAUAAAUUUCAAUUCGUACCUGGCUACUGAAAAAAUACCUAGAGAGCUUGAAAGUAAGAAGAAUUCAGUAUAUUUCUUGCAGAAGGUGGUUGCAGAGCCAGCUAUGAGUCAGUCUGAUCUCAGCGUACUUGAAAUCAAGAUAAAUGAAGUAAACGCACAAAUCAAUCAGCUUAUUGAGAAAAGAAUGAUGAAGUAUGAGCCAAUUGAUAGUAAAUUUUCCAUGUAUCGCCAACAGGCAUCUAUAAUUUCCCGGAAAAAGGAAGCCAAGGCAGAAGAGCUCCAGGCUGCAAAGGAAGAGAUGUCCAGCACUGAGAGGCAGAUGCUGCAGAAGACCAGCCAGGCCCAGGAGCUGGAAGGCUCUGAAGUCCUGAAGGGAGAUGAGUUCAAACUCUAUGUUAAUAAGCUCCGGAGCAAGAGCACAUUUUAUAAAAAGAAGCGCCUGGAAAUAGCAGAAAUUACAGCUGAGUAUGGUAUCCUCCAGAGGACCGAAGAACUUCUAAAACAGCGCCAUGAGGCUAUUCAGCAGCAGUUGCAAGCGAUUGAAGACAAGAAAGGUAUUUCUGGGUACAGCUACACCCAGGAGGAGCUGGAAAGGGUAUCUGCAGUAAAGAGUGAAAUGGAUGAAAUGAAAGGCCGAACACUAGACAACAUGUCUGAAAUGGUAAAAAAGCUCAAUGCUAUGGUGGCGGAGAAGAAGGCAAGCCUCGCUCCUGUCAUCAAAGAACUGAGACAGUUGCGUCAGAAGUGCCAAGAAUUAACUCAAGAAUGUGAUGAAAAAAAAAUCCAAUACGACAGUUGUGCAGCGGGGUUAGAGAGCAACCGCUCCACGUUGGAACAGGAAGUGAAAGGGCUUCUUGAGGAGUGCGCUCAGGAAGAAAGCAACUACCGUUACAUUAACUGCAUGAAAAGGAAUCUAGAGAUACAGCUUCAGCGUGCUAAAGAAGAAAUGAAGUUGUACAUAUCCUCAGACCCUCAGGAGAGGCGAAAGGCAAUUCGAGAACAGUAUACACGGAUGAUCCUUGAACAGGAAAACCUCGGCAAGAAAUUACGAGAGAAGCAGAAAGUUGUACGGGAAAGUCAUGGGCCAAAUAUGAAGCAAAUUAGAAUGUGGCAGGAUUUUGAGCAGUUAAUGGAAUGUAAGAGAGAAUGUUUUCUGAAGCAACAAAAUCAAACAGCCAUUGGUCAAGUAAUUCAGGAAGGAGGUAAAGACAGGCUUGUAUUAUGAAUUCUUCCUCUUUGAUCGCACCAUGAAGUAGGAGGACAGUGUGGCUUCCUAAAGGUAAACUCUAGCUAAAUACCGUUGCUUUCAUCAUUUCUGCAUAAAUUUGUUAUACAUCAUUUGGUUUUGGUGGAUGAGCAAAGACAGCAACUAACCACUCUGUGAAGCUUUUCCUCCCUUGUUUAAGUAACAACGUAACGUGGUUAGGAAGAGCUGUUAUGAGAACUGCACUAGGGUGAACCUCAUCGUAAAUCUUUGGUUUACGAGGCUGGGAAUGGCAUGCAUCUGCAGAGAGAUCAAAGGAAAAGAAAUCCUUCUCCAGGGUCACAGAAAACUUACAUAAUUGCUCUGCUCCUUAUUCUAUAUCACUAAGGUUACAUUAUGUGUGGCCUGGGACUUGAUAUUGUAUAAUUGCAACCCUCCUGGCUUGGCCUUCUCCUUCCCUAUUGUCUGUAUUCAUCCAGCGUGACUGGCAAGAAUGGAGCCAUUUUCACUCUGAGCUGCCCAGACCUCGCCUGCACACUCCUAGUCAUAUUUUCCUUGCACGCUUGAAUUGAACUGAUUGUGCUUCCAGGAGACAGUUCACUGCUACAGCGUCAGGAGUAGGUUCUCAGAACAAUUACUUGGAUUCAGAGCUUUUUCCAUUAUCUCUUGUUGGUUUUAACAUGUGUGUUUUUCCUUCUGUUUAUUCCAAGUUGCCUGUUUGAAAGUGUAAACUGUGCUCAACCAAAGGCUUCCUCCAUCGAGGAUAUCUUGUGUUUUGUGAGGGUGUAGAUGAUUUGGUCUGUGCAGCGUAUUCCAAAGUGAUUACACGACCCAGAGAGGGUCAUCCCAGGGAUGGAACGGUUAUCAAUGGAUGUAAAUGUGGCACGGUGGCUCUGGCGUGUUAGGGUGUGCAGAACAGGUCGCUGGGGAAGGCUGCCUUGCCCGCUGGCUCUCACCUGUGAGCCACAGGCGACUGUCACUGCCCAUAAAAUCGCAUCAUGAGACCCAGAGCUGGCCCAGAGUAAGAGGAAUGUAGGUGAGGCUUGAAACUGUCCCUCACGCUUCAUCAUUUUGCAUGAGCGCCUCUUAGUCGCAAUCAAAGAUCAGAAGCAGACAGAUAAGUCUGUGGGACCAGAACUGCCUCUGCUCUUCUUCGGUCUCUGGGCCUACUGAGCAUCUAGAUAGGUUGGUGGGUUUUUUUAGGAUUCUCUCUGAAGUAAAGUGUAUUUUCAGGACAAAAAAUAAUUUUGCUGUCUCUGGUACGUAACUUUAGGAUCUUCUGCUGUUUUCUAUAUUGAAAGAGUAUGGUAAUUGUCUAGUUCUGAGUUUGUCUCUGUGUUAAAUGUUAACAGAACUAAAAUAAACUCUGAUGGCUACAUUUUGACUGUACGUCAUCUUCUUUUACAUUUCUCAGUUGAAAGAAGGUAAAUUGUUAGUGACAGGUAGCUUGCUGGGCCACAGGCAAAAGAGGUUUGAAUGGCUCAUUUAAUGAACUUUAUUUCAGAUACCGCCCAAAAGGUUCAAAACUGCAGAGUGUGUGUGUAAGGAGUGGGACUCGGAUCCAUAGAUUCCCGGGACAUCCUCCUGUAAGGCCUCCCAUGCUGCUGGAUAGCUGAAAAUAGUCUUUCCCAACAGCUGUACGCUGAUCUUUCCCAGGACAAGGAGAAGGAGCGUGUUUUCCCCUACGCGUGGAAGGAAGGCUGUGGCGUAGGGCACAUGCACAGGUAGAGUUGGCCAUGGGGGGAGAGCGUCCUGCGUUGCCAUGGCCCACUGCUUCCGUGAGUUGGUUACAGGGCAGGAGAAGGGGCUCUACAGCACGAAAGGGAGACCAGAUCGAUUGGAAAGGGAGAAGCUCAGGAAGAGGGGGUGUAUGCAGACUAUACAGCGUGGGGACAGCUGUCACCAGAGGCAGUGGGACACCUCGCCCUGUGCCCUUCCUGCCGUACUUCACCAGCACCGCACUGCAGGGCCGGCAGAGCUGAGGGAAGUUACAGGAGUCACGUACCUGGACAUUGGAAGGAGGAUUUUGCUGAACGCUUGCCAGGAAUAGUAUAAUAGCAGACUACUAGAUGUGAGACAUACUGAAAACGUGGGAUAAUCACCAAAAUGGGCAUUUACAUUAUCUAGGAAUCAGCCUGUGGUUCAGUCACCAGACGGGCCAGGGAGAAAGGGGCUUUAUAUACUUCAAGUCAAAACUUAUAACAAAACCCUAACCAGACUGUUUAUGCAAAGAUGUGUUAUACAGAUUAAUUAGCCGGCUGCCCAGGAAGAGUGAUGGUUUUGACGUUCAUGGCAAUGAUGUAGGGUAAGAUCAAAUAUAAUAAUUUUCUAUUUUGUCUGUUCAGUUACCCUAAAAAUAGUUCUUCAUUCUUCCUUGUAAAAACAGUUUAUUGCUAGUUACUCAAAGAUGACGUGAUUGUUGUUCUGGUUUGAUUCGUGUUCUGCCAUUUGUACUGCACCAAGAAAGGACACACAGAUUAUACACUACAGCAGCAGCAAAAUGAUUUUCUGAAAGGAAGCAGAAAAUCAUAAUAACUGUUAUGAAAAGAAAAUUGGAAAAGCUCGAAUGCUGUUUUUAGCUUUUUGUAUAAGUGGACACGUAAUAAAUGCUGCUUUAAUGGAUUCUGUUCACCGGCUUUUCCACCUAGUCCAUGAAGGGAUAGUUCAAAAAUUUUGACCGUAUUUCAGUUCUCUUUACUUCUUGCAACAAAAAGCUUACUUCUAACUUUUUUAUGUUGUUAUUAUUAACAGCCUAACUGGUGAACUAAUAAGAUGAAAUGUGCAGUGUGGAAAAGUACCUGCUUUUUUCAUGUGAAGGUCCCAAUUAAAAAAUGGCACACAACUAAAUUUGUGGCCUCAGCACUUACCACACUUCUUUCAGCUGGAACACUGAUCUGAGCAGUCAGUCAUGAGCAGCAGCUUAUUCUGUUUCAAAAGGCUUCUCCUUAUCUCUACCGAGGCCUGGAUGAGGAAGUAGCCCGGCUCUAGAACUACUGUGUAUGCAGUUAUUCGCUCAAGUUGACUUCAGCUGUCCGUAGAGCGACAGGCAAGUUCCACAUGGACCUAAGAGAUGGAGUAGUGAUAAGCAUCAGAAAUGGGCAUGAGAAAACAGUACAUCUGCUGCGUUACACGGCCAACCAUCUUACCAUCUGGAUAUUAGAUCAUUUUGUUUAUAUUAGUGGUACCAUUUUACUUCCAUUUGAACUAUAAUAAAUAAAUUAAGUGUUCUUAGACUUCCUGAAGUAACCUAGAUGUAAGGUUACUUAUUCCUAGGUCUUUAAUCACAUGGAUAUUACUGCUAAUGAAGUCAUAUGCAUAUAGUUGCUCACAAUCAUAAAAGUCAGGCCCUGCUGUUGCAUUUAUUAUGUUUAAAUAUGCUGAUUUCCAGAGCUUUUUUGGUAAGACUUUCCUACAGUAGGGUGCUGCUCACUGUUAUAAAAUACAGCUCAGCAGAAGUAUUCAGCAGAAGUUUAGUGCCUAGAAAUGAGGAUAUUCUGAUUAAUAAGCAUGGGUAGUAAAGUACACAAUAAGCAAUGAGAAAUCUGUUUGCCAAGUGACUUGUUGGUUUAGGAAUUGGAAAUGAGCUACAAAGCUGUUCCUCCUCAGAUCCCUGUUGCACGUCUGGCCCCGAUAACCAGUGACUGAACGGUCACUGCUCACUACCUGGGGGCUGCCCCCCCAGCGAGGGAUCUACGCCGAGUAAUUUGGCAGUAUCAGUCCUGUUCCUAAAUCACCCCCCUGGCAGUGUUUGGUGCCAGCGUCCGCAGGGAGGCAGACAGAUGUGUGACUGAAAGACCACGGAGGCUGAAGUGCUGUCACCCAAAAAGCAUCCCUUGGGAGAAAGGUCAGGACACGCUGACACGGUGGCGUGUGGGAAGCUGUUACUCUGUCAUCUGGUCCGUGGAUGAGAAGAGCACUGAGGCUUGCAGGUCUGGUUUCUCUCAUUGGCUCUGAAUUUGCCCAGACUUAAGUGAAAAAAAUAAAGCGCUCCAUCUGAAGGAGUGCCCUGCGUUAUCCUUAUCGUGGUAGCAGUGGGUUUCCUGCUGAAGGAACGCUGUUAACUCCUCUGCUGCCUUUCUCGACUGCAAUCUGUAAUUAAAACAGAAUUGACGGGCCAGUGUUCCACUGAGGAAGUGUUACACGAAUCAACAAUUUUAUCACAAGGUGCCACCUGUCUGGGCAACACCCACAUGGGUCGUUGUUCUUUAAUAAUCAGAAUAUGACCUAUCUCCACCUUGUUUAAAGAGUUCUUUAAAUUCUCAGCACGGGUUUAAAAUGGGUUCUCCAAACUCUGUUGCUGUAGUGUUAAUUCCACAGUAGCAGUCUCCAAACUCCCAAGGCAAUCCAUUUUUUGCCAAGGUCAUUGGGGGGUGGGAAAAGGGCAGUUUUCACAAUUGCAUUGCACUGAUUUUCAUGAUUCUUGUUUACAGACAAAAAAAAUGCUGUAAGCCAGUGCGCCGUGGCGAUGUCGGACUCGGUGAGGAGCUCUGCUGUUAGAGUGGGGAGCAAACCUAUUCCAAAUAAUCAGCCGGAGCUGAGAGACAAAUCAUGCCAUCCUUACUUUCACAAAACCUUCCCUGACUUCAGUGGGAGUUUUGCCAAAAUAAGGUCUGCUGGAUUUAGCUCUGUAUUCUUCUUCCUGACUGAACAAACAGGAAUUAAAGGGCCAGCAUCAGAUUUAUAAGACAAGGCGCAUAAAAAAGGACUGUAAUUAUCUUUAUCUAAAAUAAUUACUUUCAUCCCACACAAAGCAAUGUUCCAUUAGAUACAGUUUAAUUUAUAACAAAGAUUAAAUAUUUGUGGAAGCUUUUCUCGGUACAAAAACCCCAAAAUACACAAGUCAUUGGCAAUAUGGUUUGAUUUUCAUUAGAUAUCUAGGAGAGGCUGUCUCACACAAAUCUAGUGCUGGAGUAUUUAUAGCGUUUAUCAUUAACAUACAACUUUUAUGCAUCACCAUGUAUUUAAAGGCAUUAUUUAUAUAUUUUAUGAAAAAGAAGUAUAUUUUUACCUUUUUUUGCCUUUCCAUUCCUCAUAGUUUUGAAGAAAGUACUGCAAAUGAGGAUGCACACAACCGGUAUUCGCUGAGUGCCAAGAACUGGAGUUCUUUUCCUGCAAAUGGAUCUUUUGAAGCCAAUGACUCUUAGACUCUUUAAUUCAGGCUGUCAUUGCAGAAUAACAUGGCAUUUCUAAGCUUCUAAAUUUUAUUGCAAGUGCUCAAGUUUUAAAACCGCUCAUUUGUACAACAAGCACUUAAUUAGAUCUGCUCUUGAAAUGGGGUAAAGCCAAAUCCUGCACAUUUUGCUAAUACUAGAGAAAAAUAGUUGAUAAGGGUAUGGAAAAUGGGAUCUUACCAAUUUUCAAAGAUAAAUUCCUUUCAUUCCCUCUACUUCUUUUCCCUGAAAUGGAAUAGAAAAUAUGCCUGGUGCUCAGGGAGCAACAAUAACAAAACCAUAAAGGCAUACAUCACGUACAAGUAAUAGCCAUGUAAGGGAAAUAAUGAAGGAAUUAAUCUCUGAUUCAUAUUGAAAAAAAAAAGCGCCACAAAAUUCUAAAGGUUUUCUGCAAUUAAAAUUAUGUAGGGUUUUAAUGCCCUUUUUUCCUACUGGAUUACUGGUUUUUAAAUAGCAGUUGAAACUCUAGGGUUAUAAAAUAUGAAUAAUUCAACAGUUUGCUUAGUUUACACUAGUGCAGCAUUUUCUGGCGAGUAAAGCAGUGUUUAGGCAUUUCUUUGCAGUUCUCACAGAAACCUCAGGGAAGAAUUGCCAAAAGCAAAAAGGGCUGAUGAAUUUGGGAUUUGAAAAAUUGAAAAUUCAAAAAUGAAAAAAUCACUUGAAAAUUACACAUUUUGCUUAUCAACUGCUAUUUAAAAAUAGCAAAACUGCAUUCUGUGGAUUGCAGCAUUCAAAAACUUUGAAUUGUUUUAGGUAUUUAUAAUACAUUCUACCCAUCUCCCUUAUUCUGUUGCUGGAAAGCUCAACGUGUUUUUAUAGCAUAUUAAAAAACCCAGAACUGUAUCAGAAUAUCGAAAGUCACCCACAGACAACCUGUUCUGCUAAUAUUUUACAUUCGCGUAGCAUCUUUAGUGGUAAAGGAUUUCUCUGCUUCAUUUUCAUUUUAUGUAGGCUGAUGAGGCUGCUCAGGUAUCUGCACGAGCGCGCCAGGAAACAGCAAGAGCUCUAGUUAAUGUUCAGAGAAUGCGAAAGAAAAUUGGACAUUUAUUAUUUCAUGGGGCAAUGACAACAUCAUCUCAAAAUUAACUCUGCUUAGGAAAAUAUCUCCCACAGCUAAUAACUAGAAAGCAAUCCAAGCUUUUCUAACAAAGAGGUGGAGUGUGGCAUGCUUCCUUGUGCGUUCUUACUGUUGUGCUUACUAUUCCUUUUGUAUUCUUGAUUUACUACACUGUACUGCAACCAUUCGUAUGUGAAAUGCAGCACGUUAAAAUCUAUAUACACUAGAGGUUCUUUUCUGCUUGUUGAUUUAAUUGAAUGAAAUGAAGGUUGAUCAUAAAAUACAAGAGGGAAAGAGAGAAAUCAUGUACUGGAAAAAGCACUAUAAAUAUUUUCCUGGGAUCAUUAACACAACUUUGUAACACUUCACCCCGGGUUAGUGGAAAGCAUUAUAUAAUCCUUUGAUGAAAUGUCUAAAAAGUGUUUACAUUCCAUCCCAAAUUAAUGUGGCUUUUUUUUCCAAGUGGGAGGAAAACACCCCAUAAUUCUUAAUUCUGUUAUCAAAGUUAUUUUCAGCCUUUGAAAGGAUUCACUUGCCAGUGACUUGGCAGCGUCAAACAAAUGUUCGACUUUUAUUCUGACACUUCUUGAAGAAUUUGAUUGAAACUAUAUAUGUCCAGAUAACACUCAACAAAGUGCCCCUCUUGCGUUUGUUUCGAGAUAUUUUUGGAAACAACAGAGGCGACCUUGGAUGGAGCUGCUUUUCCAAUUUAGGACUUCAUUUGGUCUAAGAGAGUAAAAUUAUACUCUAAUCCUUUUGUGUACCCACAAACAGGACGGUUUGAUUUUAUCCUACUGUAGAAUUGCUUUUCUGUACCUUCUUCAUAAUGUCAAUCUGUUUAGGAUAAGAAUUACUUUAGGUAAUGAAGUUAUUUUCAAAUGUGCAGAUAAAUAGUCCUCCGAUGUAUCACGUGUACCUUAAAAACACUGUGUAACCUCAAUGAACAGCAGUCCUUUAUGCAAUACCUUCGCUUCUUUCCAACUAGCGUUAAUAAAUGUUAGACUUUGUCUUUGCUUAUAGUCAUGAGGAAUCUGAUUUCAAGCCAGAGCUCUCACAGACUUGAUGUAAAGUCUAAAUGAGGAGAGUGGUAAUACUGGCGAAUGCUCUGUGAUAGGACUGCCACCUGUCCAGGUCACAGCAGAAAUAUUGUUUGUCAAGCUUCAAGUUUAAAAGCCAACGUUAGGAGCCAGGUUCUCUGUACAUCUAGAGUGGGGUGAUUGUUUCCCUCGGACUUCAGUUUGCCAGCUGUGCAUUUGUACUUGUACAAUUUUAUUACAUCUAAUCACUUAAGAUGUUUUAAAUAGUUUGCACUUAAUUUUCUAUAGAAUCAAUAUAUUUUAAUUCAUUUCUGUUACUCUCGGUUACAGGCACGCUGCACUCCGUAACAAAAUGGAAUUGGUUUGUUGCAAUGAGAAUGCAGUUUCACUGCUGUGAAUAAAAACAGAAUUGAUAGAGUGCAGUGUUUUUAUCCGCAAUCUGCUCUGCAACAGAAGAUGCUUAUUUGCAGAAGAGAAGACUGUCUCCUUUUUGGACUGCUGCCCGAUCUGGUGCCAAAGGGUCACUAAGUACAAAAGGUAUGUCUUAAACAUAUAUUAGCUAAUGAAACAUAUACAUUAACUAGUCGAGGAUAAAUUCGUCAUUUCUUCCCAUCACGCUUCUCCUCCACUAGCUAACAUGAGCUAAGUCUGCCUUCCACUCAGGAGUACAUAUUCCAAAGCCAAAUACUCCACUUGUGGAAUUUUAGAAUUUAUUAUUACCAAAUAACUUGUGUAGAGAAGCUCUAGGCUAGAGCGCAAUUAAUUUAUCUUAUGCACACAUUCUGCUAAUUUAGAGAGCUUUACAAUUUCACAAGAAAUCUUUUCCUUUCAGGAACUGUUUGGAGAAACUUUUCCAAUCCUAGUAUCCCUGUAAUGAAGGUCUGAAUAACUCCAAAAGUUGCAAAAGUGAAGUAAACCAGAUUGUAGCAGAAUGGUGAAUAGGUUAAGCAGCAGAAAAGCCCCAUUAUUUUGCUGCAGCUGAAUCACUAAGAAAAAUGCAAAAGGGAAAAAUCAACUUCCAUCUGCUUAAAGCGCAACCCUUAUUUUCAGGUUAUUUCUACUGUAGUGAUUUUGUCUUGCAAACUCUUUCAUGUCAGACAUUAAAUAACGUUGAGCUACUGUUGUGUUGGCUGUGGUACCCAGUAGUUACUCAAUGUAAAUGUGAAUGUUUGUGUUCUCCAGGUCUUUGCCUUAGUAAUAUCUUUAAACACAAUAGCUGCUGCCUGUUGGCUUGUUUUCUCUUGGGGAGGGUGACGGAACAUUUUGUGUUCUCUUAUCUUCAAUAGCAAUGAAACAGGAGGAGCUCCACAAUGCGAAACCAAAUCUACUGCUAUUAAUACAACAUCCCAGCCACAGAGAAGAGAUUUGUUUAUUUACCAAAGCUAGAGAUGCCUCUCUCUGACCUUUCCAGAGCUUGUGUGCUUUAGCUGGGAAUAGAUUCCUCAGAACUGGGUGCUCUUUUUAAAAAUAUACAGUAAAAAACAUACACACACACCCCCGAAACAGAGCCCAGGCUGUAUCCCAAAUUGCAUGAAACAACACACAGCUUUGAAUAGUCAGAAUAAGUCUAACUAGGGCACAGUCCAUAUUCAGUUUUGAUUACUUUGCUGGUGCACACAGACCAGUCAGCUUUCCAAAGCCCACCUGCCUUUCUUGCUGCCACACAGCGACACAUUUAGCUGACCAUAACCAUACACGGGCCCACUUUCUGUCCAAGACCUGACAUGUUUCUGCAGCCUGAGAAACCUGUCAGUAUAUUUGCCUUCCUUGUAUGAUUAAAAAGUGCUUCAGACUACAAGAUAUUUGGUUAAAAACAAACCAACACAGAGAUUAUUGUCCUCUGGAAUUUACCCUGCUUUACUUGUGCUUUAAACCAGUGGAAAUCAUUAGAGACACAAAUCAAAAUUUGUUUAACUGCAUUUCUCAGUUUGUUGCAUUUAGUGGCCUGUCUGUGCAACCUAAAAUAAUAUCUGCAAGAGUUAGAUCUUGUGUUAGCAUUAUGGAUUUGACCUGGUUUAACCUCAUAAACUUAUAAUCUAUUUUGUUAAGCCGGUACAUCUCUAGUGUAGGAAGAGCCUCCAAGUGCUUCAAGAUGAGCUUUGGUGAUCCUUGUUGGACAAUUUUAUGUUUAAUUUCCCUAGCUGAGCUGUCUGCUUGCCAGACGCAGCUGCCCUGCAACACAGUUGGCAAAAAUGAGUGCAGGCUAGCUUCUCAGCCAACUAGUUUUCCAAGUCAACAUACUAAUUCAAACCACCUCUUUUUUUGGUACGUGCUGCUUGACUUUUGAUAUUUUAGUCUAAGCAGACUAUUAAUGAGUUACAGAGGCAGGCCUGGGAGUAGGAACUGGAAACCAAGGAAAGAACUGGUCUUACAUAUUCUGAUUUCAAAGCAACCAUCAAUAAAUAAUAUAUAAAAAGAAAACAAUAGUUACACUAUCUCCUCCUCCUCCUCCAACAGAGCUACAACAGAAGGCAGCAUACAGUCCCAGGAAGACCCAGACUUAUCUGCUAUGAGUCGGGUGAGCUCUGGGCAUGCUUGCCUAACUAAGUGCUCCAAAGACCAAGGCUACAGUUGGCGUUCUGAAAGCUCAGUCUGGGCUUAAGGUACUGCAGUCGGUUUCCCGCUUCUGCUGUCCUUCCCCUACGAAGCCAUGCCACCCUUCAGUCUUGCUGGCACCAGUGCUCAUGCAGCAGAACUGCAAGCCACAGCACAGAGCUCUUCACCUGAAAAGUAAGGCAGGGAAAAAAAGUCCAGACAGCCUCUCAGUUAACAGCUUGAACAGAUAACUGUACUGGUAAAAUUGCUUAUAGGUCUGAACACUGAAUCUAUCUGGUUAAAAUAAACUUUUUCUUCCCUGGAUAACUUUCCAGUGGCUGUACCAAUACAAUGAGGAAUGAGACAGGCAUGGAAAUGAGCAGCAAGGUGUAAGGUAGGAGCAAAACUUCUUUUAGCGGAAGUACCAGACCGGGGCAGCUUAAGUUGCUUGUUGCACUAUCAUAUUACUUAUUGUUUUCUAGGCUUUACAUACAGGGUCCUCUGGUUUGGCAAUGACAAUCAACUGUGGAAUUAGAAAUAUAAGCCAUGAGUCUAAAAUAACUGUCUUUUCUCUAUAACCAUAGGGCAAUACUAUCUAUAAAUAAAAUCUUCCAAAUAUUUUUCUCAACCAUAUAGCAGCUUGGAAGGCCAAAAAACUGUCUUUCAUUACUCUAGAAACUAUUUCACACUUCUCAAGGAACUGGUUUAGCAGUGAUGCAUCCCCUCAUGCUCUGACCAACUUCACACUUCAUUUUUUAUCCAAAUUUAAGUAACAGGCUUUGGGGACCUUGUCUGUAUUCCUUCCUACUCAAGUCUGCUCCCAUCUGCCUGAUCUCCUCAGUGACUUUAUAAUACUUCUUUUGUGUCACCAGAACUCCUGCUGCCUCCCAGUCAAACUUCCCACACUGGUCUCUAAAACUGUACUCCCUGCUUUUGCAUGUUCAGUUUCUGUAUCUGCAAGUGCAUGAAUAAGGGCUUGUUUGUAUGCACAAAAUUUACUAUGACCAUUUUUACAAUUUGGGUUCAGGCAGAGAACUCUGUACACAUAGCGAAGCUCUGCUUCCAUGGAAAACUGCCAAAAAGCAUCUGAUCCUGGUAAUUAGGGGAAGGUUUUGUGAGGAACCUGUGGAAAGAGGUCCUUCACCCCCCUCCCCGAUUCACAGCUGGGGUUUCUCCCUGGCAGUUGAGACCGGUGAUGUGAGAGGUGAGUCAAGAGUGGGAGCAGAUUCCUGUGGGGCUUCACCAGCCAAAUUCCUAUCUGGCAAAAGGUUGCUACAGCAACUCUGAGCCUCCCAAGAUAUAGAAAUUAUUGUAAUGGCUGCUGAAAUGCCUCCCUGCUGCUCUAAGAAAAGAUAAAGAAAAUCCUUCUCUUUGAUACAGAACGGUUACCCACGGCCACACUUUUUACACCAGUUCUGUACACGUACCAGGUUUGCUGACCUUGCUCAGGAGCUGAUGGGUUACCUUUCCCUCCAAAGUAAGAUGCAGUUCCUCAUUUGCAUGCAAUGCAAACAUAGAAGUAAUAAACCUCAACACCACACAACAAGGACUACAGUUCCAACACUUCUUCCCCAUGGCGACAGUAAGAGAAGAAACAAAUCAUGUGACAAAAGUUAAUAUACCACUAAGUGGGCUGAACAGAAUAUAGAAACCUGUACAAAGCCAAAAUACGUAUUUUCCACAGCAGAGUUUGUGGUUUUAAAAAAAACACAUAGAUUAAAAAAAACACAUAAACAAAACAAGACAAACCCCCUCAUAGCUCCUCAAUGACUGCCCAGUAGUUUUUUGGCUGCCUCCAGCCUGCGCAUGUUUUCCUCUGGCAUUUAGCCCACUCACAGGUCGUUCAGUCCACUGGACUAUGUAAUAAAUACCAGACAGAGAUGAUGCUUUAGACAGAAGAGGAACACUUGUGACCUAAACAGGCCCUGAAUCUGGAGUGGGGUGGACUGAGGAUAAUCAGGCCUUAGAAACAGUGAGCAUUAGUGCAUACUAAAAGUGAAAAAACUUAAUAAAAAUUGUUCCCAUUUCCCUCCUUUUCAAUUUUGAGCAACUCCAGUUGCUUUAGAAGCCAAAGAUGAAAACAGCAGAAUCAAUUAUCUGAAAUACACAGCCUGUGUUUAGCUGAAACAACUGAAUGACUUUUAAAAUUAUUACUUCAAAGAAUUCACAGCUUUUGUACAGCUGCUCGAUUUAUACCUGAGUGUUGAUUUUGACCAUAAUAAAAAGAACCAAUUUCCUCUGGGUAUAAAUCCAGUAAAAUCGAUACAGCUACCUCCUGGCUGAAUUUGGCCCAACAUGCCUCGACAUCCUUUGUGAUUGCUCAAUUCAAAAUAUUACACUAACCCAAUCUCCUGCAGUCACCAAAUGCUGUGUUUGGUGUCAGCAUGAUGCACUAGAGAUUUUUUGACACAAGCUUGGUCUCUUGAUAAUAGAGUAUUUCAUUCGUCUCUUACCUUUUGCCACGUCUACAAGCUUUUGGAUGAACUCUGAAAAGCUUGAGAACAAACUACGCUUUCUGUGUGUCAAAAUAUCUCCCUCAAGUCAGAGAAAAUUUUUUUUCUUCCCUCUGUUUAGUGUCUACUCUGAAAAGGAUUCUGAGAUCAAGAAAAGCAUAUAAUGUUUAAAAGAAAACAUUUAUUAACUAAGGAUUUCCUGGGGUUUUCUGCUUUCUUAUUUAUACUGUGUCCUGGACCUUGUGAAAUCACUGUUUAACUUCGAGUAUUAUUUGUGGAAGGCAACCUGUUGCUGCUUCCAGAUCUUACAGAGAACUUUCAGUUUGCAGCUUCAGUACCGGGCGCAUAGACCUGGCUCAAAUUAAUCAACUAAAAAGUAACUGCAGUAAGUACUUAACCCUCUCACACCCUGUCUGAAUCUUCAUACGGAGGAUCUUUUUCUACCUCUGAGCUAUCUCGUUAGAGUCAGGUUCCUGAGUUCUGAAAGCUCCUCUGCUGUGACAGUUCAGAAUCCAGGACUGCACAGCCUUUUCAGUGCAGCAGAGGUGAAUACCAGUUAGGGAACCCUUCUGUUGUGCUCAGAGUUGAAAUAUUACCCUGCCAGUUAGCCAUACGAAAGACUAAAUGCCUGAGCAUGGCAAUAGAUUUUAGGAAAUUAACAAUUUUUAUGAGGCUUUGCAUACUGCCACUAUUGAUCAAAACUCUUCAAUCCACACUAGAAAGAAGCAGAUGAGAAUUAACGAUUUAGUACACCGGAUCCAACUUCAGUGCUGCCAGUGUGACUACUCUGACUUAACCACGGUGAAAACAUCAGCUUAAAGUGUAGCUCUCCUCAGCAUAUGGGCCCUGGAUUUGCAUUCUGUAGGAUUAUGUGCUACCAUUCACAGCUGCAUCAACUAAGUGCAAAGUGGUUUAAAAAUGUUAGCAAAUCAGAAAUCAACAUUUUACAUUAAUUUUGCAUGAGGAGAAGUGACCUCACAUCUGGUACAAGGCAGUACAGAAUCCAUUCGAUGAAGUUUACACGACUGCUGUCUAAGCGAGGUUGUUAAUGGUUGCACAAUAUGGAGCAUUAAUGAAUAGAAAAGGAUCUGAGAGAACAAUAAUAAGUAACUUAUUUAAAACUCAGUUCAGGUGCUCCCUUGCCUUACAGUCUUCUCAUCUAACACCCAUAGCUUUAUGCCACAUGACAGAAGACAUGCAGCAUCACUGCUCAGACCUCAGCAUCACACCGACAUCAGUUAUUGCUGCUGAGGAGUCUCCUAAGAAGAUAGAUAAAGGUUACAACCUGAUGAUGACCCAUCUGGAUGUCAGUAGGAUGGAAUAUCAAUGUUUUCAAAUGCUUUUUCAAAAACCUGGGGAAAUACAUCCCCAAAGUCUUUAUUUAAAAGCAAAAGUAUUAAGACUGCAAAAUCAAGCAUGCACUGAAAUUAGAAAAUUUCAGAGUCAGAAAAAUAAGCCAGCAACCAUGCAAUUAAAGAUUACUUUAGGGCAUAUACAUGGAAAGGCAACCUUUUUUCUGGCAUUUUCUAAUUUCAGCGUGCUUGCAAAUUAUUCACAUUUUGGCAAAGUUUUUGUAUAUGUAAAACGUAUAUAUUAUAUAUAGAAAUUAAUUAAUCUCUGAUAUAUUUUCGCCUCAUAAAUACAGUUCCCUGUUCCCAUGCUAGAAUCUACAGCUUUAACAUAUUCAGAUGCCAGUUGCUAGAUUUCUUCAUUUCUUGAUAAUCCAAAGGCUAAGCCUGGACGUGCUUCAGCCUCUCCAAGUAUCAGUCUUAUCUAGCAUUUUUUCUAAGCCACACAGAUAAAUUAUCUCAAUGUCCCGAGGCAAAGUGAUUCUCUCGUCCAGCGGCUCUGGACUGCUCCAAUUUUUUUUUUUUCUUCAUCUGCCACACAAUUAUGAACUCAACUAUUAAGACUGAUGAACAGAAUUUUUUUCUCUGUUUCACUGAUUUCAUUUUUCAAUAGUGUAAUGCUGUACCAUGAAUUUCUAAAAAAAAGAAAUGGCUUUAAAAACAUUACUUUAUCAAAAGCAUAUUUAGCUUUUAUUGCAUUCACAUUUUGAAUUAUCACAUGGUUCAUUUUCAUUCAUGUCAUCUUUCUGUAAUAUAAAUGUCCUGUAAAAGCAAUGAAACCGUUCUUUGUUGCUCUAUUACUGUUCAUUAUCUCAAAGCCCUUUAAGUGGAAGAAUUUUCUCUGUAUUACGCAAACACUUCAGUCCCAUUUAAUUCAGUGAAAACUGAGGCAUAGAGUCAGGCAUUGAGACUUCUGUUAAAUCUGAGAGCCAAGCACAGAGCCUUCAGUAUUCCAUCUGCACACCCAUUCCUUAGCGAUCUUCCUUUUUUCCCGCAGAUGUACAUUUCCAGAAAAAAGGAAGGCAGGCAAUGCACUAAGCAUACUCUGACAUGCUUAAAGUAUUCAGUUUUCUGUUGUCCACAGAUGACAGAAAACAUAUUCAAGAUGCCAAGAAUACGAAACACGUUAGGAUCAGGAAAUCCCGAUUGCUUCCAUUGAGAGGGUAAUGGCAGAUAAUUGUGUACAUUUGAUGUUUGAUCCUCAAAUAUCACUUCCUUAUGACACUAUGCAUUACUUAAUCUGCAAAGGUCAAUGAAUUACUCUUUAGUUCCUCGCAAAUGCCUGUGCAAUGAACUUUGCCAUUUUUACUAUGGAGUUCUCAGCAAAGAACUGGUGGUACAGGUUUGAGGCUUAGAAUGCCUCUCAACCUGAAAAUCCCUUUCAUUGCAAUGUAUUUCUAACGCUACCCAUAUAGCUUUAUAACUGCCAGACCUAAGCAGAGACUUAUCUCUAGCAUUCAUACACAAUUUGCACAGAACUUUGCACGAGCUCAGCACAUAAGGAGUUCAAUUAUUGAUUUUUUGAAUCCUUACGCAAUAUAAAUGAUUUGCCAACGUAUUGAUCUUGAAAUACACAUGCAAAGAGAUUUAGGAAAACUGAGAGAUUCUUUCAUAUGAAGUGUCCCAGUUUGGGUGAGCAAUUUACUCUGCCUUGUCAACUGCAUCACUUAAAAAAAAGAUGACCGAAGGUGGAAAUAUAGCAGGUCAACAGCUUGUCAAAACUGCAUAAAUGUACAGAGAAUGGUAUGAAUGAACACAGCCCUAAUCCUGUGAUCUAACUACACAGCUGCCGACUCCUCUUUUCAGCCAUGUGGUGCUCCACUGAAACCAGGGAUGUUUGUAUGGCAGCUCCACACAGCACACAGGUUUGGGGCUAUAUUCUGAACCAGUGUGGAUAGUUUGAAUAGCACUAGAAAUCUCCAUGCAGAAUCAGGACAGCGGGGUUUAACUUAGCAGGUAGUGGAAUGCGCAAGCACAGCACAGAGACAAGACUGGGGAAUUAGGCUACUGGCAAGUAGCAGCUGAAAGCUGAUUGAAUACAACAGAUUGGGCUUUCAUACUGGACAGAUAGGCAGCAGCUAUUUAAAUGUAGCAUUAACAGUUUUGCUCUUAAUUAUUUCCAAACCUUUCAGCUAAUGCAAACCCAGUAUGACAUGUAUUCUGAGCUCAAUUAAUUAUCUGCUGUUUCUGUAUGAAUCCAGUUAAAAGAAAGCUGACUGGUUUGUUGAGAAUUUCUGCCUAUUUAAAAUCAUUCUUGUAAGUGCUUGGCUUCUGUCUUCCAAGCAGCUGUCGUGUAAGUAAUUGAAUAUAUACUUCACAAAAAUGUUCACUUUCUCCGUUUCAAGUGGAAUUUCUUUCUGAAAUGACACAGCCCUGCAAGCCAACAAAUGGUCACCACUCUGGCCCAGUGGCAGGUGGAAGGCCAUGAAACUUCAGAGCUAAAAGUGGAAACUUUAUGCCUUCAGAAAAGGGAGAUUCCUAUGUUGCCACUUAGGUAUCAUUUACUUUUUGGUCUGGGAGGAUCUGAGAUUGUGGCAUUUCUAUGUAUAGUACAGCUUUUUCUAGAAUUUUCUGAAAGUUUUCUCUCUGAUACUUCCAGAGUUAGUCAUGCAAAAGCCACAACAGCUGGUUUACACCUCAAAGAAUAAAGAAUUACUAAUAAAAAUGUCAAACCUCUUCCAAACAUCUCUGAAAUAAGAGAAUGACCUUCCAAAAUAUGUUUCAGCAGACUGUUUUAAUGCAGCUACUCCCAAAAGUGAGCAGUUGAGCUUUGGUUUUUUAUCUGUAUACAUCCUCCUUGACAGUCUCUUUGUAGAAAGUAUCUGGGAUCUCUCAUCUAUAUACUAAUCCAACAUAGAUCCAGGAUAGACAUACAAUAGCACUUGUGACAAAUGGGACAGAAUGUACUAUAUAGCGUUUAUUAAGCUUGUGAGAGAACAGACACAUAAAGAUUAUAGCAGCGUAAAGUAAAAAAGGUUCCUGUAGACAACACAUGAUCAAGCAUAGACUGCUGACUGGCACUAAGCCAACCCAUCAAAAAAUCUGAUACAUAUUUUUACUGUCAUGGUGAAUUUAUAGCCUGAGAUUUUUAUAUUCCCUUCAGAAAAAAAAAAAUCUUUCAAUAUCUGCUUUUUAUUUCAUCGUAUUCAGGAAAGGAAGAAAAUCCUUUCACAAAACUGAAGUGAGAACAAACUUAACUGAGCUUCUUUCCUAAUCACAAUAAUUGAGUUGAUUCUUCUCUGAGCCAAAAAAAAUAAACUAUUGGUACUACUUCAGCUUACCAUGGUCUUCAGGCCUCUUUAUUGCAGGAUUCAGAAGGAAUUAAAAUGUACAGAAACUUUAACAAAUGACAAUAUCAUAUGUGUCAGCCAGGAUCAAAUGAAAGGAUUUACUAGAAGCUCAAAACUGUUUUCAGAUGGCAACUACAGCUCUUCAAGCAAAAAUUGUAAAUGUAUAGGAGAUAAGGGGUUUAUUCAAGAAAUUGGACAUAACAUUUUGCUACAGUUGAGAUGAGUUAGAUACAUCCCCAGACGCACAGAAAGAAACAUAGAUGCAAUGGGAGAUGCUAAUGGCUCCCGCACUUCAUAUCUAGCACAAAAUGGCCAUGAAAUGCCCAGUUUUAAUAUUUUGAGGUUCUAUCAGUUGUUACAAUGUAGAACCACCCUAAAUUUGUCUCACCAUACAAAGAUAUUGAAUACUCCAAGUUUUCUCGCAGCUGAUGAGCAUCCACCAGCCUUGACAGAAUACCUGCCAGGUUACUAUGCCGUGGGGAGUGGGGACGUCUUCAAAAAAGUGGUGCUUGCUUUUAAAGGUUGAUCUAAGCGUUGGAAAUCUUCCAGCCUCACAGAGCAGCACAGAGUCCUGCAUAGCAAAUAUGAAUUAGCAGAUCUGCUUAUCCCUUCCUACAGUUGUCAUAAACAGGUGCUACGUGAAUACAGGCCAGAAACAAUUCACGUCUUUACCAUCUUCAAUUAGAUUUUCAUUCAUCUUUCUUCUUGGUCUUUUCUGUGGCAUUUGAAGUGUGAAAAAUCUUGUAUGUGCAAGGUAAUCAAGUUCACAUUUGGGAAUAAUACAUGAACUCAACAUACUGCCCCGAGGCUUAGGCCUGAAGGAAUUUCAACUGUGCAGAGAUUAAAUAUGUCAAGACAGAAAUAUGAGGAAUAUAGUGACAUUGUUAACUUUGAGAAUAGAUGGACGUUAUUGGAUUGAUAAAAAUAGCAUGGGGAGGUAGAGGUGCAUGUAAAAUGAUACGCUUUGGAAUGACAGCGCUUCACACUACUUUUGCACAGGUAUAAAUAACUACACAAGCAUUGUUCUGGUUCACUGCUGCCAUAAACUCCACAGAUGAAGGCAGUGCCAACCCGUAAGGCUGAGCCGAUGUGGGGUAGCAACGAUGUUUGCUGUAUUCUUUCAGUGACUGCUGCAAAAUUUCUGGCUGCCACACCUUAAUUAUUCCUGGAGAACCUGGUGCUCCUCCUCCACCUCCUGCAUGUCAGAUUAAAGCUACAACCUGGCCCUAAUUUUGCAGCUAGUCUCAACAAGUACAGUAAACAGUUCGCAGCAUUCCUGGCACAGUGGAGCAGACAUGAGCAAGAAUUGUCUCUUAGCAGUUGCUAGCCAAAAGAGACAGAAUAUGUUUUCCAGUUAUGAAUUCUGGAUAAAAGUUAUGAACUCCAGAUAGACAGUUUGUACUGUACCUUCCAUUUCAGCUACAGAUGUGAAACAGAUCCUUGAGUUUGCAGUCAGAACAAGGCAGGACAAUGUCUGCUAAUGCUUUUGCUUUCUGUUUGCAGACACUGGAAAAGAAAAUCUGUUCGCUCCACAGUAGAGUGAGUCUUCAUCCAAGCUUUAUUUCAGUACUCCGUUGAAGGCAACAUUACACAAGUGUGUCCAAAAAGCACAGUUUGGUAGUGUAUGUUUUUCAUGUUUUCUAUGCUAUACAUGAGAAAAAGAUUAUUUAAUUUUGAUUUUAUUUCAUAUCUCAUAUUUAUCUCUUUGACUGCAUAUCACUAUAUUGUCUUUGAAUGUUGCUGCUAAACGCCAUUAUUUUUAUUGUCCAAACAGGGCAGAGAGAAGCAAAAUGCUUAUCCAUAUGGGCCAGUGUUAAGAGCUUUUUUUAAUACUAAACCACUGUUCAUGAACAGAAAAUUCAGCAUCUUCGUCUACCAUGCAUUUGGAUUUAAAAUAUUAUUUUGCCCAGUUCAAAUAUAUGGUAUUUUGUCUCCAGCUGGCUUUUUCUUAGUGCUAUACAGCUGGAGUACGAAAGUGUUCUGAAAUGUCCCAAGUGAAUUUCAAAUGAAUAUCAGAAAUAGGCAAUGAUAUACAUGAUACAUGCAGAAUAUGUAUCUAGGGAAAUCACAGAUCUAGUUUCCACUGGUUGGUUAUACAUAAAUUAUUUAGGCAAUCUUAGUAAGCCUGUUGAUUAGCUGGAGGCAAAGACAUCUAUUUUAGGGGUACUUCGGGUCAGGAUUAACUCCUGAAAUUUGGAUGGCAUUGCCAAUGAAACAGCUAGAAUCAUUUCUGCAACCUUGUUCAAAAAUUAGGUAGUUUCCUUUUUUUAAUCACUUUUAAAUUUUUAUUUUUUACUUUUUUAGUUUUCCUUAACAAAGAGGACAAGAUUUUUUAAAAUCAUGUGAUAAAUGUAUUACAAAACUACACUAGAAACUAUUUAGGGUGAUUGAAGAAGAAACAGGACUGGGAGCCAGGAGACUAUUUCUAUUUCUAGUUCUGCCAUAGACUGCGUGACUAUGACUUUGAACCUCAGCUCCUGUUUUUGUGAAACGGGGAUAAUAAUACUGUUCUCUCAGGGAUAUUGUAUAAUGUCAUUUUCAUUAAGGUUUAUGAAAUGCUUGAGGUCCUUGAUUAGAAGUUGCAAAUGCAAAUUAUUAAUGAAGUAGUAGUAGCCACGAUAUCAGCACUAUUAUUACUACUAAUAGUGUUUGAUAAUGUUAUCAAUAUUAAAUUAUAAGCUCUAUAGCAUUGUUCUUAUAAAAAGUCCAACCUGCACACAGCAGGAUUGUAGUGCACUUCUAGGAAUAAGAAUUCUGCCAGCACAGUUUCAACAUGGGAGUUGAAAAGAAUUCUUGAAGUUCUCCAUCUGAGCAAUUGUAGGUGGUAAAAAUGAGUAUCUUUUCAGUAAUGCUUUGUGACACAGGAGCAGAAGCAGCUUUAAGAGCGUAACAGUAUUUUUAAAAUAUGACUCAGGGGAGGUUUUCUUUUUCUAACAGAACUGGGGUGGGGGGGGAAACAAACGCAACACCCAGGAGUCAAACAAUCAUUUCAAAACCCAGAACCUUAAAAUAGAACAAGUAUUGUAGGUCAGGAUAAUUUGAGUUCACAUGCAGCACCACUGACAUGAAAGAAAUCUAUGCACAAACAACAAAGAAACCCAGAUCUCUCAUAUUGGAAGCCUUGAGCUCUGACAGAUUAAUUGUAGGAAUUUUUGUUCUGUGACUGACCAAAAAUUACUACAGGCAAUUUAGGAGGUUAAAGCCCCUUCAAAAAUCUGUCGUUUCUGUGAAAUACCUAUACAGAUUGUAUUGAAUAGUAGAAAUGAGGUGAGUAAGCAGAAACAUGGAAGAUCAAUAUAGCGUUUAUUCCACUAAAGAAAAUCGUGUUCAGAUGAGGUUAGAUUCACACUGAUAAGAGAAUGAAAGCAGUCUAGCAGAUUCUCUUUUCCUCCUCAACAGCCCGUGUUAGGAGGCAGAUGUGAAGACCUUAAGAAAGGGAAGGCAAGAUGACAGACACAGUCUAAUUGCACCCACUAACCUUACCAUAGAAAUACAGAAAGCCUUUUGAAAAACAAAGCCCGUGUGGGCUGUGGGUUACACAGAUUUCUGAUGGUUCAGAUUGGAAGAAUUAAACUGGUAAAUCAAACACAUCAUUUGGUUUCAGUCCUUCAUUUUGUCUUAUUUCAUGAGAGAUGAUAAAUUUAUCAAUGUCUGGAAACCUAAGUGUGUUUCUUUGCUGUGUUACUAAUAACUGUCUGUGAGUUUAGAGGAAAUCCUCCACAAGAAACACAAAAAGUAACUUCAGCUGGUGUCAUAUCACCAAAUGUCACAAGUGUAAUAAAAGUGGUAGUAAUGUACCAUUAGCCCCAAACAAUGGCUGAAAAUGAAGUAAUCUCCAUGACUAAGAAAGGCUUUUCAAUCUUACAUUAUUGCUACUCACCUACACAGAAUGCAUCUGGAUGUCUUUCUUUCAAUCCUAAAAAGCCAGAGGGAGUGUGACUUUAUAUUGUGAUCCAGUAAAUAUAUGAAAUGACAGACACCGUUGCAUGGUGGAACUGUUCAUGGUACAGAACUAACAUUGAAAAAAAGGAAAUAUAUGUUUUUUAUACCACCUUGAUUGCAGCCUCUGACAGGGUCAAGAGAUGAAAGAAAGAAAAAGAAGUUUUAAAACCAAGUAAUUCAGAUGGCUCACUUUAACUGUCUUACUGUACAAAGCCUGAGUAGAUAGAAGGUGAAAAGAUAAAAAACUAGCAUUACUGAGCUACAUUCUGGUUGUCAUUGCUGCUCUCAGAUUAAUAUAAACAUCAAUAUGAACAGACUAAUUGAAUACAAACAUAUGAAAAGUGUAAGUCUUUGUGUACUUUUCUUGGACAUCCUUUCCUUCAUCCAUCCUAUCACAAACAGGAUCCUGCAAAGCAGUGUGGAUAGGUACUCUCCACUCUGUUUUCCUUUCAACGCACAAGACUUUGGUUCCAUCCCAAUAAACACCUAUGAAGCAGGAAAGGAAUUUGAAUUUAUAGUGCUCCUAGAGAUAGAUACAAUGGUACUAUUAAUCUACAGUAAUUACUACCCUGCCUUGUAGCUGAUAGUUUCUAGGACUUCUCAUUAGCCCACUAAGUACCAGGCUAUCUCACUUGAAUCUGACUAAUAUAAACUGGCGUGCAUUACAUGUUGAAGAGAGGGCAAAGCAAACUCUAAAUGCCAUGUCAGCAUUUCCGUUUCUAACAUACUCAAGAAUCACAAAAAGAAACUAUCCGAAAUACUUAACUGAAGUUUUAAGACUGUAAGAAAUGAGGCUGUGUUUUGUGUUUAUGUGCCAAACUUGGAACUGGCACUGUUCUCCUGAAUGCCAGAGACCAUAGACUGAAAGCUUCAAAACUGAAACAAUUUCUUUGCUCAGCAAGCGGUGGCCCAUGUCCUGUAAAAGUGUAAUUCAACUUUCAUCACACUAUUAAGUUCUAUAGGUAAGUACUAGUAUGAUCACAGCUAUGACAUCCCAAUUAGCCAUCAGCUUGUUACAGAACUAGAAUGUAGGCCAGCUUUCUAGCACCUUACAAACAACAAACUCUGCCACUUUAUAAAUACUGUGCCUAGCCAUGCAGCUCCCUACAAACUUGAUAGUAUACCUAGCCUCUCAACAGAGAGCAAAAUUGAGAUCCAGAAACACACAAGGGAUAUUUACACGGGAAAAAAUGGCAGCUAGCUGCCAAAUUAAUUAGAAUUAGACCUUAAUUAGAUGGAAAAUUCAGGUCAGGAUGAGAUAAGAACUCAAAUCUCAUGGGUACUGAGCACUGCUUUAUUUCUAAAGUUGUGUAUUUUUAAGAUAGCAAUCAAGCUGAUUUCCCAUUAUGAGAAAUUGCUUGGCCAUCAAGUAAGGAUAAAUUAUUUUUUCAGAUAUGAACGAUGUAUCUUGGUUGUGAUAUAAUGUUGCUCUCUCCCAUACUUUUAGAUCUCCUCUUCAUGUCAGCACUAGGUCGGAAAGAAAGAUUUUCCAAACAGGGAAAUGGAGAUAAUUGUAGCAAAUACUCCAAUUGAGUGACUAUCAAUAGGACACAGAAAUAGAAGAAGAACUUUACCAAGCCAAAUUGUGAUCUCCUAUAGUUGCUGUCACUGAGAUCAAAAUCGGUCUCACUGUCUCUUUUACAUUACCAAGGCGGCAAGCAGCUGCUUUGUGCAGGAACAGUGAUCCAGUUCUAGAAAUCUCCCAGCAGCAACACUAUCCUUUGUAUUCACAGUCUCCCAUUCUCAGUGGAAGUCAAAUCCUACCUCCUGCUGAUACAGGAACACACAUGCC